UGUCCGCGCUGAGACGACUGCCAUCUGCCGCUUAUUAUGCAUUAGUAGGCUACAGCUGUAAUUACCCGUAGUAGUGGGGGAGUCCCUUGUUAUGACAACCUUAUCGCAAAGAGGCACUUUUCUAUCUAAAUUGUUUCCGAAACACAAUUAAUUUGGAUCUUAUAUCAGAUUUUAUAUUAAGAUGCAGUGAUAUGUAGCCUACUGCUUGCUUGCUUUUGAUUUCCGAAAUUGUUAAUUACGAUGCAACAGAUGACGUCAAGGUGCCCCGAAAUCGACGCUUGCCAGAUUGUCCUGCAGUUGCAUUCUGACUUUCUGCCGCUCCGACAUAUCAGGCAAAAUGUGAGUUUAUGGAAGGUUUGGAGCAGCAUGUAAGACGAGAAUAAAACUCUUCUUGGACAUCUUUUGGAAAAUGCUGCGCAAAGCACACUUAUUCAACAGAGUUGAAGAUGAGAACGUGGACUCUGGAGCCGAGACGGCGGAGUCGGACUACAGCAAGCUGUCGUCCAGCUGUGGUGAGCUGAUGUCGGCCCCGCCCCCUGAGCUCCCCCAGGUGACGCUGCACCUGCUGGCCAAUCCGGGAGACUCGCUGCUGCUGCAGUACACACUGGACCGCCUACUGACAUGGGUGUGCGCAGGCCUGCGCCUCUUCCACGUGUCGGAGCGCGCCAGUCGUCUGCGAGGGGGGCACACGCGCCCCCACCUGUGCCCGUCGGCGGGGUACCCUGCGCUGGCCGUCACCCUCUUCCUGCACGAGGCGUACGGCGAGGAGCGCAUCCUGCGGGUACUCGACUUCCUGCAGAGCCCGCCCUGGCAGUACCACCACACGGAGAGCAGCGGCGCCCCCCGCGCCUCAGGAGUACACAUCACCUCUAGCAGCGGACCUGGAAACACUAUGAUGAGGCCGUACCUGCUCCCCAGUCGUGACUUCUACAGCCUGGGUGUGGGCAUGCCGGUGUGGGGGGUGCGCCCGGUGCACUGCGGGGGAGAGGUGGUGCAGCUGACGCUGCACUCGGCGUACGAUAACUACGAGGACGCCGUGCGGUUCUACCAGACGGUGCUGGGCCGGCGAGCGCAGGAACACAGGCCCGGGUUCUGCUGGUUCACCCUGGCCACCGCCCCCUCACAGGAGGGGCCACAGGAUUUCCCGGGGGGAGAGUUCGGGGGGUACCUCCCUGACUCCCGCGGCGAGUACCCGUCUCCUCCGUGUGGCGUGACGCUGCAGCUGGCGCUGAAGCAGCUGGCGCCGGGCGUGCGCGUGCAGCCGUGCGAGUCGGCCGUGCUGCAGUUCCGCGCGGGCGAGAUCGGGCAGCUGGUGCCCCUCCUCCCCAACCCCUGCGGCCCCAUCAGCGCCACCCGCUGGCAGACCGAGGACCUCGACGGGAACAAGAUACUCUUCCAGGUGAAGUGCGGUACCCAGCCCCAGCAUCCCUUCGUGUCUGCGUUCCCCCUGGCGACCGCCACCCUGCCCUCCUCCUCCUCCUCCUCCAGGGUUGCCAUGGGGAUGGGGAUGGGGAUGGGUACAGGCCCCCUCCCCCGCAGUAGCACCUCCCCCGCCGCCCUCUCCUCCCCUUGCAGCCGGCUGGCACAGCUCCGCGAGGGCAGGACGCCACUGACACUGGGCCAGAGCCGGCCCGAGACCCGGCCGGAGGGGAGGUGUGGGGGGUACCUGUCGUCAUCGUCACGGGGAGGAGGGGAGAGUUUGGGCUCGGACAGCUGCUGUAGUACUCCCCCAGGUAGCUCUUGCUACUCUUCACAGCGCAGCAGCCCCGCGCCUCCCCACACACACACACACACACACGCCUACGCACACACACACACACACACACACAUGCACACACACCUCCCCAACAUCAACACACACAGCCCCACACACACACACACACACACACCGCAGCACCAUCAUCCAUACCAGCCCAACAUCCACCCCAGCAUGCCACGGUCUCCCUCGGCAACAGACCUCCUCCCCCGCUCCUCCCUCCCCACCUCCCUCUCUGGUGACCACCUCCUCCCAUGCUCCUCCUCCUUCUCCUCCGCGGAGCUGCCCUCCUCCUUCUCCUCCUCCUCUCUCUCCUUCCUGCUCCUGGAGGAAGGGGAGGAGCCGGAGACCAACGUGGACACGGGCUGCGCCGUCACGUCGUCCAAUCGGGACGCAGCAGGCUGCGCUUCAGGGCUGUCCAAUCGCGACGCAUCAGCAUCAUCAUCAUCAUCGCCGGGAGGCUCCGCCCUGGAGACGCUGGCCAUGGAACUCCGCCGUUGCCUAGUGACGGACGUGGGAGCGGUGAGGUCGCCGCAGGCGUGCGCGAGUCCCGGUGGACACUCCAGCAGUGCAGAGGGCCAGACAGCAGGGGGCGCUACUGUGGGAAUCACACUCACACACAACCACCUGCUACACACCGAGGAAUUCUUCAUAUGAGGAGAGGAAGUGAAAUAUAAUAGAGACAUAUAAUAGAGAACUCUCACUCUGAUUGCCGCCCGUCGUAGCCAAUAAGCUUACAACUCCAGUUUCUCUUCAAAUGACCUUGGGGAGGUCACAGAACGUAGAGGUCACAGGGGUCAGAGGUUACCUGGUCUCCAUGGAGACGCCCUGGUAGCAGGAGGGGUGCUGGGAAAUGGAGGAGAGGACAAAUAGACCGGACGGGAGUCGAGCGACACCGGCAACGGAAGUGAUCGACUUUGUAUUGAGUCGCUGG